AGCUGGUACUUGGUGAGUACACCUUUCAUCACUAAACUAGCUGACGCAGACAACGAACUGCGGCGAAUGUGGAGGAACACAUACGAAUUGUUCAUUGAUAAACAUACGCGUGUUUUCAUUUUGUCAGUAGUGUUUUUAUAUACCUUGCAUUUUGUGACCCGCGUUGGUGGUGUAAAAAUAUAACUCGAAAAAUUGUGUUGAUCAAUUGAGUGUAGACGUGUAGACAUAAUAAUUGUAUGAAUGGUUUAAUUGAUCGGUCUACCAUACUGCCUUACGAAGCUGCUGUCUUCGUCACACUGGAGGGUACCGCGAUUGUGAUUGUGAAGAUGCGCGGUUGCUAAGUUGAAUUUGGCCAUGUUAUGAUUAAUUUCAACUAAGAUUGCAUUGGAACUGAGAAGUCCACACACAGGCAAAGUUAUGGCUGGGCUAAGGGACAUAUUGCUAAUUGUUGUUGCGUUCUCUGUCUGCACUGGAGAUGAGCACGAUCACAAGUACUCAGCUAACGAGGAGGUGGUGUUGUGGAUGAACACGGUCGGACCGUACCACAACCGCCAGGAGACCUACAGCUACUUCUCGCUGCCCUUCUGCCGCGGAAACAAGGCGGGCAUCAGCCACUACCACGAGACGCUCGGAGAGGCGCUGCAGGGCGUCGAGCUGGAGUUCAGCGGGCUGGACAUCCAGUUUGGAGUGAACCAGCCCAAGGAGACAUACUGUCAGAUAGAGCUGGACGAGGAGGGUCUGGCCGCGUUCCGGUACGCGGUACUGAACCACUACUGGUACCAGAUGUACAUCGAUGAUCUGCCCAUCUGGGGCAUCAUUGGAGAGGCGGACGAGGAUGGCGAGUACCUGUGGACGCACAAGCGGCUCGACAUCGGUGUCAACGACGGCAGCAUCGUCGACGUCAACCUCACCUCCGAGGCCAAGUUCAAGCUGCAUGUGGGCGCCAAGAUCCCGCUGACGUACGAGGUGGUGUGGAAGAAGUCGCCGGUCAAGUUCGAGGACCGCUUUGACAAGUACCUGGACCCCAGCUUCUUCCAGCACAGGAUCCACUGGUUCAGCAUCUUCAACAGCUUCAUGAUGGUCAUCUUCCUGGUGGGGUUGGUGUCGAUGAUCCUGAUGAGGACGCUGAAGAAGGACUACCAGCGCUACAGCAAGGACGAAGAGAUGGACGAUGUGGAGCGGGACCUGGGAGACGAGUACGGCUGGAAACAGGUUCACGGAGACGUGUUCCGGCCGGCCAGCUACCCCAUGCUGUUCUCAGCGCUGGUCGGCACUGGAUGUCAGGUUGCCGCCGUGGUGCUGUUCGUAGUGCUGAUCGCCAUCGUCGGCGAACUGUACACGGAGCGGGGCAGCCUGCUCAGUACGGCCAUCUUUGUGUACGCCGCCACCAGUCCCGUCAACGGCUACUUCGGCGGGGCGCUCUAUGCCAGGAUGGGCGGAAAGGUGUGGAUCAGGCAGAUGGUGGUAUCGGCCGCUCUUCUGCCGACCCUGGUCUGCGGCACCGCCUUCCUCGUCAACUUUAUCGCCCUCUACUACCACGCCAGCCGGGCCAUCCCCUUCGUCACCAUGCUGGCGGUGGCCUGUAUCUGUUUGUUCGUCAUCCUGCCUCUGACUCUGGUGGGCACUGUCCUCGGACGGAAUCUGAACGGACAAGCCGACUUCCCGUGCCGUGUGAACGCGGUGCCACGUCCGAUCCCUGAGAAAAAGUGGUUCAUGGAGCCGUGGGUCAUCAUCCCGCUGGGCGGAGUCCUGCCCUUCGGCAGCAUCUUCAUCGAGAUGUACUUUAUCUUCACGUCGUUCUGGGCGUACAAGAUCUACUACGUGUACGGCUUCAUGCUGCUGGUGUUGCUGAUUCUCUCCGUGGUAUCGGUGUGUGUCACCAUCGUCUGCACCUACUUCCUGCUGAACGCAGAGGACUACCGCUGGCAAUGGACCAGUUUCCUGGCCGGGUGCUCCACUGCCGGCUACGUCUACCUCUACUCCAUCUACUACUUCUUCUUCAAGACCAAGAUGUACGGCUUCUUCCAGACGGCCUUCUACUUCAGCUACAUGGGCCUCUUCAGCACCGUGCUAGGCAUCAUGUGCGGUACCAUCGGCUACCUGGGAACCAGCUACUUUGUCCACAAGAUCUACAGCACCGUCAAGAUCGACUAGUUUACCGACGACGUCUUAGUAUUCGUACACCUACCAGACGAAAAAGGCAGGAAAGCCACACGGUGAUUCGGCCGACCGUCUAUCAGUGAAGUUAUAUCGGCGAGUUGUGUUGUGUGAUGAAAAUUCAGCACCGCCUCGAUCGUGGCGUCGACCCUUCACCAGCGAGUAUUCGUGUGCUUGUGAGAGACGAGUCGGUCACAUUAGCUCUUCAGGGAAGAGUUUGUGGUGAGAAGUGACACGAACUGAUCGAGGGACGCUAGUUGAGUGUUGUUAAAAAGCUGAGACCGUCCGCCGAGGCUGGUGUAGCUUCUGUCUCUUGCUGCUUGGGUGGACUAUAUUCACGAGGCGCUGGGAUGCCAGCUAGACUUCUAUUGCUGAUGAUUAGUGGGAUGGACCACGGCCACUAUAGCCUCUCUCACACUCGCACUCUGAGCUACAAGUGGACUCUGGUGCUGAGCUACGAGCACCAAGCAGACGGGGAGUGUGAACUAUAAACGCUCUUUAGCGUCGGCUAGAAGCAGACCCGAACUGUGGCCCCGUGAGUUCACGGAACUCCCGUGAGUUCCGUGAGAUCCGCUCGUAGUUCGGUCGGACUCUGAGCUAUGAACGGCUCGGACUAUGAGCCAUGGAGAGCAUGCAUUGUUAGCCACGGAGACCCCAGACUCUAAAGCUAUUGAGAGCCUAUACUGUGAGCCUGGAGCGUCUGGGAGCUAUGGAGAGCUCCUACUGUGAGCCACAGACCCGUUACUGUGAGCUAUGAAGGACCUGGACCGUUUAAUGCUAUGGAGAGCCCGGCGUAUUGUGAACAGUGAACUGCCCCGGACUCUUAGCUCGGAAUGGCCUGGAAUCCUCGCCCUUAACGGCUGGGACUCUCGGCUCUAAUCGGCUCGGACUACGCUCCAGUCGGUCAGGACUCUGCGUCCCGAGCGUCCUGUGUUUUGUUUUACCGCUCUCCGGCCGGUACUAGCCGGUCUGACGCCUCCCGCCGCGUCUGUGAUACUAUCACGCGGUGUAACUGUGUGUGUGUCUGUCUGUCCGUGUGUGCCUGUGUGUCUCCUCUUGCUGCCUACGGGUGUACGUUACGCCGGGGGUUUUCGGAGCACGGAUUUCGCGGGCCGAUGCGUGGAUGCACUCCAUUCCUCCGUGCACUGUGGGCCACGCCGCGCAGCACUGGUUUACGGGACAUAGGGUGAUCGGGAGACUGGGGAAUUCUGUCGAUUUUUCGGGGUAAAUCGGCGGGGACGACUGCCGCGGUCGUUCUAUUUAUGUUGUUUGCGUUAUUUAACGUUAGGCCGCCGCGGCGCAUCCGUUAUGAGGUGUUAAUCUAGCCUUGACGAGAAUAAUUGUAAAUAUAUAAAAUAAUGUCAA